AUGUUAUAUCUUUUCAAAUUAGUAAUCCCUAUAUAUCGAUUGCCCAUCUUUGCCCGAUGCUUCUCCCCGAUCUUUGCCCGUUCUGUUAGUCAGCGAAAUGAGGUGGACGAGAGCACAGAGCUUGAGAAGGAGUCCAAGAAUGAUGGAAGCAGGAUUUUAGUCAAAGUUACUAAUACGGCUAACAAUGUUAUCGAUCUUGAAGAAGAAGAAGUCUUGUACAUUGAAUCAGGGUCAUCAAGCGACCGUGUAGUUGAAGGAAAGAAAUCUAUGAGGAGUGCAGGGAAGAAAGGGAAGAAAAAUAAGGUGGAUUCUGGAAAGAAUGAAAAGAAAAUGAAAAGGAAAAGGGUUGACAAGAGUGUUAAUGAUAAAAAGGUUAAGGUGAAAGGGAAAAAAGUAAUUGGAGCUGAAGGAAAAUGUAAAGAAGGGAAGAUGGUGUAUGUAGACAGAGUGAUAUGUGAAGAUGUAAAUUUGCAUAGGCAUAGGCCCUUCAUCACAAAAAUUGAUUCAGAGCACCUAAGAGUGUUAGAAGAAUAUGAAGUAAGCAGGGGUGUAUUUGGAAUUCUAAGUUUAAGGGAAAAUGUGGAUGGUGUGUUUUAUGAUGCGAUGAUGAAUCAAGAUCAUUCAAAAGAUAGAUCAGUUGAGGAGAGUUGUGGGAUUAUUGAUAGUAUGGUAGGAAGGUUGGUUGAGCAGAAAAAGGUUGUAGAGGCAAGUAGUUUGAUGUGUAUGGAAAUGCAUCCGAAUAAUGAUAAAAUGAAGGCAGUGAUUAAGAAGGUUGUUGACAUCUUUAAUGGGACAACACUAAAAGCCUUAAUUGCUGAUGGGCAUGAAGAUAGAAUGGAGGUUGAUGGUACGAGUGUGAAUGCAACAGAAGGAGGAAAAUCAGCUGAGGAUAUGAACCAAAUGAUUACUAAUUUGACAAAUAAGAUGGGGGAGGAUUUACUUAGUGGACGAAAAGUUUAUUCUGAAUCGAAUGUGGAUGCUUCAGAUCAGGGAAUGGAAGGAAUGUCCUCGACAAUUGUGAAGCCAACUGGUAUGUGCAAUGAUAAGCAAGCUGAUGAAAUAGAAAGGAACAGCUCUAAAAAGAGUAGUAUGUUUAAUAAUGAUUGUCCAUCGUUUGAAGCUAGACUUAAUGAAUGUGCAGAUGAGAUGAAUACUUCGAAAGGGAAUGAAGGUAAAGAUGAUGCAAUUGUUGAACAGGAAUGUCCUAAAAGGACAAAGAGAAAUGUUGAAGCUGUAGUAGGGAUUAAAAUGAGAGAAAAAGGAGAAAUGAAGCAUGGACCUACAUUGAAGUCACCUUUUGUACAAAGAGUUGUGGACUUGAAAGAUUCAGUUGAGCAAAAAGAAAUACUGGUUGCACAAGCUAUUAUUGGAUUAGGAAUGGAUAAAAGGGAGCUCAUAUGGGAAUCAAAAGAAGGGUUUGGAACGUAUCUAGAAUAUGCCAGAACUAUUGCAGCAAAAGUGAAUAUUCAUUCAAAUGUAAUAGACUGUUGGAGUGUUCUACUAAACAAAUUGGAAGAGAGUAAGGCAGAGUCGUCAUAUUCUAGACUUUUUUUUACAACAGGCACACUGCGUGAAUCAAGGUAUGACGAGAGGGUAAAUGAAGAUGUAAGAUACAAAGAGUUUGAAGUUAUGGUUUCCUCAUCAAUUGAAGAUCUUACAACUGAUUCUGAGCUAAAAAACGUGGAUUUGGUUUUCUUCCCCAUUGUUGAUGGGAAUUACUACCUCAUAUGUUUUAACCUUAAAAGUUUUUCAAUUUUGAUAAUUGAUCAAGGAGAUUGGUGGGAACAGUUGAGUCGGUCUAUGGGAACAUACCCCCAAAAAAAUUUCUGCCGUUUUCUAAAUGAUGUCUGUAAGAAGAAGGUGAAGACCCUGAUGACAAGGAAUGUGGUGGUGUUGAAAAUGAAGUGCCAAGCAUACAACCGUUCAGAUGAUGGUGGAAUCUACCUUAUGCAACAUAUGGAGAGUUUUAUGGGGGAUUAA